UCUUUCAUAGUCACACCACAAAGAUGGCGACCGGUUCAUCGACGACCCAAGUCAUUUUCUUCACAGUUUCCCUUCUCAUUGUCGCUUUCCAAGCAGUCCAUGCAGACUAUUACCGUCCAAGGCCACCGGUUAUCCCUACCCCUUACGUCCCUAAGCCAUGGGUCCCACUUCCAACGCCGAGCCCCAAGCCUGUCUAUCGCCCUCCUUACACUCCGCGUCUACCAGUUGGCUCCAUCGCUAGACAGUUCCUUGACCCACAUAACGCUAUUCGGUCUAGACUAGGUUUGCCUCCAUUGGUUUGGGACGGCAAGCUAGCGAGCUACGCGACAUGGUGGGCGAACCAGAGGCGUUACGACUGCUCAAUGACCCAUUCGACCGGCUCAUACGGUGAGAACUUAUUCUGGGGAAGUGGAUCGAGCUGGGCACCUGGAUUCGCGGUGCAGUCAUGGGUCGUUGAAGGUAGCUCAUACAACUACAACACCAACUCGUGUGACGGAAGUGGGAUGUGUGGUCACUACACUCAGAUCGUGUGGCGUGACACCAAAAGGCUCGGAUGCGCAAGUGUGGUCUGUGAGAAUGGUGCAGGAGUUUUCAUCACUUGUAACUACGAUCCUCCGGGUAACUACGUUGGCGAAAAGCCUUACUAAGAGAAAAAACAUUUUAAACGGUUUUUUUGUUUGGUUCUUGAUUUCAUUUAAUUUCUUCAUAUUUUCUGUUUCAACAUCCUCGUAAAAUUAAAGUUUGCGAGACAUCUAAUUUGCAUGUAACAUCGUUUUGUUGUUGUUGUUGACGUGUGUAAUGUCCUAACCGUCUUGUCCUCAAAAUU